CGAACACAUCCGAGUCGCACGGCGGCCGUACUUAUUCGCGUCGAACACUCACUGACGGUUGUUGUCUACAUGGAUACAACUACGCCAGACGUUUCAAGGACAUUUGUCGCGUACAUCGCGUCGCUUGAGCUGAUGAAGAGUUCCUCUCGGCUGCCGGCCAACAAGAACCGCUCUGCUCUGGUGCACACGCUAGCCCGCACACUUGGGCUCUUCAGCCCUACAACAGAUUCGAGUCGGGCGUUGAUACUCGUCCCGCCGCAAAAGGCCCAGUCCGCCCAAUUGGGCAUGUAUCACACGAAGGAAUACUUGGACUUUAUCCUCAACGAGGCCAAUGCCAACAGCUCGGAAGACGUGACGAAGGCGGAAUUCGGCUUGGAAGAUGAUUGCCCUCCGUUCGACGGGAUGAGCGAGUACGUACGUCUCGUGGCGGGCGCGACGCUCACGGCUGUCAAGACGCUUCGCCAGCCUCGAUGCGAUGUAGCCAUCUGCUGGGAUGGAGGACGACAUCAUGCCCAGAAGGAACGCGCCGCGGGAUUCUGCUACAUCGCAGACUGCACGCUCGCUCUGAUGGAAUUACGCCGCUGGAUUGUGACCGAUGAAGGAAAGUCGCGCAAAUCACGAACGAUGUACCUCGAUUUGGAUCUGCACUUCUCGGAUGCGGUGUCGCAUGCUUUUCACGAGAGCGCCUCAAAUUUGUUGACGCUGAGCGUGCACCAUGCGGCGCCAGGAUUCUUUCCACCGUCCCCACUAGCAGAACUGCCGACUGAGAACAGCGAUCCCUACACCAUCUCACUAUCGCUCCGGCCGGGCGCCUGCAGCAAAACCUUCGGCCGUAUCUGGCAGUCCAUUGAGAAUGUGCGAGAAGCCUUCGAUCCGGAUGUUGUGGUGCUUCAAUGCGGAGUAGAUGGCCUUGCCGGCGAUCCAUGCGGGACGUUCAAUUGGUCUCUCGGCCCUGAAGAAGGCUCCCUAGGCUGGUGUGUUGACCGUGUGGUAAAUGGCUGGCGGGGCAAGAAACUACUGCUUGGAGGCGGAGGAUACGAUGGACCCAACGCAGCUAGGCCUGGGCUUAUCUGACCUCGCUAGUUGUCGGAAAACCGCUGUCGUUGGAAGCUCCAAUUCCCGACCACAGUUUUUUUCCACUCUACGCCCCGUCUUUCACGCUUGAUGUGCCAGCUGGUUUUAUGCAAGAUCAGAAUUCAGACGAAUAUCUCGCCCAGGUCGUAGAACUCUGAUAUUGUAGUUCGCAAACUCGGGAUAACAAGGCGUGACGCUGAUUAUGUCUCUUGGGUCCGACGAUGGGCUCAAGUUAGCAAGUUGGCAGAGAUCGGACAAACCCCAUUCUGGAUUACCUUUUGAGACAUACCAUUUCCCCCGCUCGGCGCGCUCGGACGCUUCAAAAUGCAACUUCGGAGAAGUAUCCCGUUCCUGGAACUGUUGUUAGGCAAGCGUCCGCGGUCUUGUGACGAGCGAUUUCGCGCAGAUCCAGAUGGACACUGAUGAUGAUAAUUCGAGUCUGAAGGCGACUGGAUUAUAUUUAGCGUAUCGCCACUUAUAUGUAUACUGACUUGCUUGUCAUACAUAUAUAUGCGCU